AUGCCCGUCACAGCAUUUUCCACGCCGGAGAAGUAUACAUACCAGAAUGGCUUCGGCUCCUACCACGAGACUGAAGCUAUAAAGGGAGCUCUGCCAGUUGGUCAGAAUUCGCCUCAGAAGCCGCCGUUUGGCCUCUACGCUGAGCAGUUGUCCGGGACAGCCUUCACGGCUCCUCGACACGAGAACCUGCGAACAUGGCUGUACAGGAUCAUCCCCGCGGCGUCUCAUCGUCCGUUUGAGGAGGUCGAUGCCUCGACCUAUAAUUCCAGCCUGUGCAAGGAUGCCACUUCACUCCGCCAGAUCCCCAACCAGCUUCGAUGGAAUCCCUUUGAUCUCGACGAGAAUGUAGACUGGGUUCGUGGCCUGCACCUGGUCGCUGGUGCCGGUGAUCCCGCUACCAAACAGGGGCUGGGCAUUCUGCUCUUCGCAGCUGGCAAAGAUAUGGGCAAAGAAGCCUUCUACUCUGCCGACGGUGACUUCUUGAUCGUCCCCCAGCACGGAGUAUUGGACAUCCAGACCGAGCUGGGCAAGAUCCUUGUCCGUCCUAACGAGAUCUGUGUUAUUCCCCGUGGCGUCCGCUACCGGGUUACCCUGCCCGAAGGCCCAGUUCGAGGGUACAUCUGUGAGCUGUACCAGGGCCACUACCAACUCCCCGAACUAGGUCCUAUUGGGGCCAACUGCCUGGCCAACCCACGAGACUUCCAGGCCCCUGUCGCCUCCUUUGACGACGAGGAGUCCACAGAAUACACCAUCCUUAGUAAAUUCAACAACAUCCUCUUCCGCGCCACACAGCCUCACUCGCCCUUCGAUAUCGUCGCCUGGCACGGCAACUACUAUCCCUUCAAAUACGACCUCGGUCGCUUCAACACCAUCGGAUCCAUCUCGUACGACCACCCCGACCCAUCCAUCUUCACCGUCCUUACAGGCCAGUCCGACCAUCCCGGCACUGCCAUAGCUGACUUCGUCAUCUUCCCCCCUCGAUGGCUGGUGCAGGAAGACACCUUCCGGCCUCCUUGGUACCACCGCAACACCAUGUCAGAGUUCAUGGGCUUGAUAAGUGGAGACUACGAUGCCAAGACUGGAGGGGGCUUCAGGCCGGCUGGUGCGAGCUUACAUAAUAUCAUGAGUGCCCAUGGGCCAGAUGCUGCCAGCCACGAAGGUGCUUCCAACGCCGAGCUCAAGCCGAAGAAGGUCGGUGAGGGCAGUAUGGCAUUCAUGUUCGAAAGUUGCUUGAUGGUUGGUGUGUCUGAAUGGGGACUGAAGACCUGCCAGAAGGUGCAGGAUGAUUACAACGAGGAGAGCUGGACACAGUUGAAGAGAUACUUCAAGAACCCAAAUAAGAAGUGA